AAGUGACGUGCAGUGCUCGGCUGGCCGCGGAGUCGGUCGAAGCUCUCCUCAGCGGCCGGCUGAGCCAGCUGAGGCGGGGGAAAAACAUGGCUUGGACCUUGGAAGGCGCGAAGGUUUGGGUUGCGGUGGAGACCAGGGCUCCCGCAGCGUGAGACAGUGGGUGUUUGAAUUGAGUGACUCGAAGGAAGCUUUCCUGUUUGAGCAAGAUUACUUGUUAAAGAGGUGUCCCUAAAUCUUUUCAGGUCUUGGUAUUUUGGAAGCUACAAGAAAAAAGAUUAAGAGGUUUGUUUUGUUUUGUGGACAUGGCUCAGAUUUCCAACAACAAUGAAUUCAAACAGUGUUCAUCUUCACAUCCAGAACCAAUAAGAACCAAAGAUGUGGACAAAGCAGAAGCAUUACAAAUGGAAGCAGAGGCCUUAGCAAAACUGCAGAAGGAUAGACAAAUGACUGGCAGUCCUAGAGGCUUUGAGCUGUCUAGCAGCACUAGACAAAGAACACAAGGUUUUAACAAACAGGAAUAUGAUCUCAUGGUGUUUCCUGAGUCGGACUCCCAAAAAAGAGCAGUAGAUAUUGAUGUAGAAAAGCUCACCCAAGCUGAACUGGAGAAGAUACUGCUGGAUGACAAUUUUGAGACUAGAAAAAACCCUGUAUUGCCAGUUACUCCUGUUCUGAGCCCUUCAUUUUCAGCACAGUUGUAUCUUAGACCUACUAUUCAAAGAGGACAGUGGACCCCUGGAUUUUCAGGGACUUCUACAUAUACUGUACCUUCUAUUUAUCCUUCAACAUACAGUAAACAGGCUGCAUUCCAAAAUGGCUUCAGUCCAAGGAUGCCUGCUUUUCCAUCUACAGAAUCUGUGUAUUUAAGAUUUCCAGGACAGUCUCCAUACUUUUCAUAUCCUUUGACACCUUCCACAUCAUUUCAUCCGCAAGGAAGUUUACCAGUCUAUCGGCCACUAGUCAGUCCUGACAUGGCAAAACUAUUUGACAAAAUAGCAAGUACAUCAGAAUUUUUAAAAAAUGGGAAAGCACGGACUGAUUUGGAAAUAGCAAAUUCGAAAGCUUCAGGCUGCAAUCUACAGGUAUCUCCAAAGUCUGAAGACAUCAGUAAAUUUGACUGGUUAGACUUGGAUCCUUUAAGUAAGCCUAAGGUGGACAGUGUGGAGAUGCUAGAACAUGAAGAAGAGAAGAAGAAUCCAGUUUUGCUAGCAGAGGAUCCUUGGGAUGCUGUUCUUCUUGAAGAGAGGUCUCUGGCAAGUUGUCACCUAGAAAGAAAGAUGAAUGGAAAAUACCUUUCUGGGGCAACUGUAACAAGAAGCCAGUCUUUAAACAUUCGGACAGCUCAACUUACAAAAGCCCAAGGCCAAGCAUCUCAGAAAGACCCAAAUGGGACCAGUAGUUUGCCAACUGGAAGUUCUCUUCUACAAGAAUUUGAAGUACAGAAUGAGGAGGUGGCAGCUUUUUGUCAAUCCAUUAUGAAAUUGAAGACCAAAUUCCCAUAUACUGAUCACUGCACAAAUCCAGGCUAUUUGUUAAGUCCAGUCACAGUGCAAAGAAGCAUGUGUGGAGAAAAUGCCAGUGUGAAGGUCUCCAUUGAAAUUGAAGGAUUUCAACUACCAGUUACUUUUACAUGUGAUGUGAGUUCUACUGUAGAAAUAGUUAUAAUGCAAGCCCUUUGCUGGGUACACGAUGACUUGAAUCAAGUGGAUGUUGGCAGCUACGUUCUGAAAGUUUGUGGUCAAGAGGAGGUUCUACAGAAUAAUCAUUGCCUUGGAAGUCAUGAACAUAUUCAAAAUUGUCGAAAAUGGGACACAGAGAUUAAGUUACAGCUCUUGACCUUCAGUGCAAUGUGCCAGAAUCUGGCUCGAACAGCAGAAGAUGAUGAAGCACCUGUGGAUUUAAACAAAUACUUGUAUCAAAUAGAAAAACCUUAUAAAGAAGUCAUGACAAGACACCCUGUUGAAGAACUCUUAGAUUCCUAUCACAACCAAGUGGAACUGACUCUUCAAACUGAUAACCAGCACCGAGCUGUUGAUCAAGUAAUUAAAGCUGUAAGAAAAAUCUGUAGUGCUUUAGACGGGGUGGAGACCCCCGCUGUUACAGAAGCAGUGAAGAAGCUAAAGCGAGCAGUUAACCUUCCAAGGAACAAAAGUGCUGAUGUGACUUCAUUAUCUGGAGGAGAUACUAGCAAGAACUCAACUGGGGGCUCACUGAAUCCUGAAAAUCCUGUUCAAGUAAGCAUGGACCACUUAACGGCAGCAAUUUAUGAUCUUCUCAGACUCCAUGCUAAUUGUAGUAAGAGUUCUACAGACUGUCCUCAAAGUAGCAGAAAUAUCAAGGAAGCAUGGACUACAGCAGAGCAGCUCCAGUUCACUGUCUUUGCUGCACAUGGAAUUUCCAGUAACUGGGUAUCAAAUUAUGAAAAAUACUACUUGAUAUGUUCCCUGUCUCACAAUGGGAAGGACCUUUUUAAACCUAUUCAGUCAAAGAAGGUUGGCACGUACAAGAAUUUCUUCUAUCUUAUUAAAUGGGAUGAACUAAUCAUUUUUCCUAUCCAGAUAUCACAGUUGCCAUUAGAGUCAAUUCUUCAUCUUACUCUGUUUGGAAUCUUAAACCAGAGCAGUGGAAGUUCGCCUGAUUCUAAUAAACAGAGAAAGGGACCAGAAGCUUUGGGCAAAGUUUCUUUAACUCUUUUUGACUUUAAACGGUUUUUAACAUGUGGAACGAAACUUCUCUACCUUUGGACUUCAUCACAUACAAAUUCUAUUCCUGGAGCAAUCCCCAAAAAAGGCUAUGUCAUGGAAAGAAUUGUGCUACAGGUUGACUUUCCUUCUCCUGCAUUUGACAUUGUUUAUACAUCUCCUCAAAUUGAUAGAAACAUUCAGCAAUACAAGUUGGAAACACUGGAGAACGAUGUAAAGGGAAAACUUCUGGAUAUUCUUCACAGAGACUCAUCAUUUGGACUUUCUAAAGAAGAUAAAGUCUUUUUGUGGGAAAAACGCUAUUAUUGCCUCAAACAUCCAAAUUGUCUUCCUAAGAUACUAGCAAGUGCUCCAAACUGGAAAUGGGCUAAUCUUGCCAAAACUUACUCAUUGCUGCACCAGUGGCCACCAUUAUGCCCAUUAGCUGCAUUGGAGCUUCUUGAUGCAAAAUUUGCUGAUCAGGAAGUACGAUCUCUAGCUGUAAGCUGGAUCGAGGCCAUUAGUGAUGAUGAGCUAACAGAUCUUCUUCCACAGUUUGUACAGGCUUUGAAAUAUGAAAUUUACUUGAAUAGUUCACUGGUGCGCUUCCUUCUGUCCAGGGCAUUGAGCAAUAUCCAGAUAGCACACAGUUUGUACUGGCUUCUCAAGGAUGCUUUGCAUGAUACACAUUUUGGAAGCAGAUAUGAGUAUGUGUUGGGUGCUCUCCUCUCAAUAGGAGGAAAAGGACUCAGAGAAGAACUUUCUAAGCAAAUGAAACUUGUACAACUUUUAGGAGGAGUAGCAGAAAAAGUAAGACAGGCUAGUGGAUCAACCAGACAGGUGGUGCUCCAAAAGAGUAUGGAACGAGUACAGUCCUUUUUCCUGAGAAAUAAUUGUCGUCUUCCUCUCAAACCAAGUCUAGUGGCAAAAGAAUUAAAUAUUAAGUCAUGUUCUUUCUUCAGUUCUAACGCUAUGCCUCUGAAAGUCACAAUGGUGAAUGCUGAUCCCAUGGGGGAAGAAAUUAAUGUCAUGUUUAAGGUUGGUGAAGAUCUUCGGCAAGACAUGUUAGCCUUACAGAUGAUAAAGAUUAUGGAUAAGAUCUGGCUUAAAGAGGGACUGGAUCUGAGGAUGGUGAUAUUCAAAUGCCUGUCAACUGGCCGCGAUCGAGGCAUGGUGGAGCUAGUUCCUGCAUCAGAUACCCUCAGGAAAAUCCAAGUGGAAUAUGGUGUGACAGGAUCUUUUAAAGACAAACCACUUGCCGAGUGGCUGAGGAAAUACAAUCCUUCUGAAGAAGAAUAUGAAAAGGCUUCUGAGAACUUUAUCUAUUCUUGUGCUGGGUGCUGUGUAGCCACCUAUGUUUUAGGCAUUUGUGAUCGACACAAUGACAAUAUAAUGCUUCGAAGCACAGGACACAUGUUCCACAUUGAUUUUGGAAAGUUUUUGGGCCAUGCACAAAUGUUCGGUAGCUUCAAAAGAGAUCGAGCUCCUUUUGUGCUUACAUCUGACAUGGCAUACGUCAUUAAUGGGGGUGAAAGGCCCACCAUUCGCUUCCAGUUGUUUGUAGACCUCUGCUGUCAAGCCUACAAUUUGAUAAGAAAGCAAACAAACCUCUUUCUUAACCUUCUCUCACUGAUGAUUCCUUCAGGGUUGCCAGAACUUACAAGUAUUCAAGAUUUGAGAUAUGUUAGAGAUGCACUUCAACCCCAAACUACAGAUGCUGAGGCUACCAUUUUCUUCACUAGGCUGAUUGAGUCAAGUUUGGGAAGCAUUGCCACCAAGUUCAACUUCUUCAUUCAUAACCUUGCUCAGCUACGUUUUUCUGGUCUUCCUUCUAAUGAUGAACCCAUACUUUCAUUUUCACCAAAAACAUACUCCUUUAGACAAGAUGGUCGGAUCAAGGAAGCCUCUGUUUUCACAUAUCAUAAGAAAUACAACCCAGAUAAACACUAUAUUUAUGUAGUCCGAAUUUUGAGAGAAGGACACCUUGAACCAUCAUUUGUAUUCCGGACAUUUGAUGAGUUUCAGGAACUUCACAAUAAGCUCAGCAUUAUUUUUCCACUUUGGAAGUUACCUGGCUUUCCUAAUAGGAUGGUUCUAGGAAGAACACACAUAAAAGAUGUAGCAGCCAAAAGGAAAAUUGAAUUAAACAGUUAUUUACAGAGUUUGAUGAAUUCAUCAACUGAUGUAGCAGAGUGUGAUCUUGUUUGUACUUUUUUCCAUCCCCUACUUCGUGAUGAGAAAGCUGAAGGAAUAGCUAGGUCUGCAGGUUCAGGUUCCUUCAGCCCUACUCUGGGCCAAAUAGGAGGAGCAGUGAAGUUAUCUGUGUCUUACCGAAAUGGCACCCUCUUCAUCAUGGUGAUGCACAUCAAAGAUCUCGUUACUGAAGAUGGGACUGACCCAAAUCCAUACGUCAAAACAUACCUGCUUCCAGAUACCCACAAAACGUCAAAACGUAAAACCAAAAUUUCACGUAAAACUAGGAACCCAACAUUCAAUGAAAUGCUUGUGUAUAGUGGAUACAGCAAGGAAACCUUGAGGCAGAGAGAACUUCAGCUGAGUGUACUCAGUGCAGAAUCUCUGCGGGAGAAUUUCUUCUUGGGUGGAAUAACCCUGCCACUGAAAGAUUUCAACUUGAGCAAAGAGACAACACAGCAAAUUGGUUUUCCUGUUAUGCACCUCACAGCCUUUACCACUGUGUAUGCUCACAGACACCAAAGGAAAGAUGCAGCUGCUACUCAACAGGCUGAAGAGCAAAGCACAAAUAGUAGACAGAAUGCUAACAACUACUAAGUAGUUUACAGAAGUAGAGGGAAAAAUACUAUUUUUAUUCAUUGUUAAAGCCUUUUCAGAGUAAGUGCCAAUCUCUGGAGUUGUAAAUAAUGGUUGGUGCCUUAACUUUAUAUGCUUCAUUGGCACUUCAUUUCUGAUUAAAGAUUAACUAGUUUUCAUUCAUUUUCACCUUAAUGAGGACAAAAUAUUGGUACAUUCACUAUAAAGAUUUCCCCACAAAAAUACUAUUUUUCUCUACUUCUGAUUGUGACUUAGUUAUUUUAACUAUUAAGCUAUUUGAUUUAAUGUUUGUUGCCCAGUAGUUGAAUGAGAUUCACUGAUAUAGGUGUAUUCUAAAUUCUAUCAUUCCACUAUAAUCCUGCAUUUAUGUGCAGGGGUGUGAACUUCCAUGUAUUUAUACAGUACUCUCUCAUUAAACAAAUGGAAAUUGUUAGCCUUGUGCCCGUUUUUGUUUGGUAAAAGACCCAGGAUAAGGAUUAUAGGCUCCAGACUGAAUUUUAAUAUAAACAUUUAUGGAAGGUGUUGUGUAAACUGUCUUGUAUUUGUAAACAUUGUACAUUCACAUGAAAGAAUUAUUUUCGGUAAUACAAGGAAAUUCAGAACCACAUGAGAGAAAUUUGAAGUUAUUAUGGAGUAACCAUUAAGAAUAAGAUUCAUUUUUAUUUGUUUCUCAUUUCAGAUAUAACUGUCUUGUUUUAGUAAACAUGUAAAUAUAAUAAAUUUCACGGUUAAAAGUUCAAAUAUUUUUAGAAUGGUAAUAGAGAUGUAGCAAGUCUGGUAACCAUGAGAAAACUGACAAACUACUUAAUGAAGGGGGUACCAAGACAGGACAAUCUGAUUCAGUUUGCUAGAAUAAAUUUUUUAUGAAGUGUACAAAGUGAUUAGCAGAAAUGAUGAUGCUUACAGAGCUAAAUGAAGAAAUCAAGGGUGUUAUCAUUGGAACAUAUUUUUAAAGAAAUUAAAACUUGAAAUUUUUGGUGCCUAACACUAUGGUCCAUUUGUAGGGAAAUUAUUGAGUAUAGUAUAUGAAUUUUUAUAUUAAAAUAUGUUGUCUACUUGAUAAAUUAAUUAAAAUAAAGAUCAUCAUUGUUUGCUUUUUCCACAAUUAACAUUUCCUUAAGUUGUUUUGCAGAUGUAAGUAGCACUAGAUUUUUUUUCUUUUGAGGGAGACUUAAUUCCAUUCCAUAAGUUACCAAUCUACUUUUUUAAAAAAGAUGCUAUUUGUAAAAGGUUGUCAUUGAUUGGUCUCAGUGUGGACUUUUUUGUGAUGUUAUAGCAUACCUUAGCACAAAUAAUAGAACUAGAGAAAGUAAUGUCACUUCUCAGUGACAAGAAAUCUGAUUCAUAUCUAAAAGUAUAUAUUGUGAUUAAUACUGUAUAGUUAAGAAUUCAGAGCAAAAGGUAAUAUUUUCUCUUAAUUUAACUCAAUCUGUGCCUCCUUUGGUCAUUAAAGCACAUAUAUUUUAAUAUAAGUUAUUUCUUUGUAAAAUGCUAAUCUUCAGCCCAUACCAAAAAAUAGCAAUAGGGAAAAGAGAGUAGCUUCUUUGCACUACCAUUGCAGUCAAUUAUAAAUCAGCUCGUUUUCUAAAAACCUCUUAACACUUACCUUAAAAUAAAUCUGAAAAACAAAACUCUAAACUGGCCAAGACACUAAUUUUUAUGUAUAAUCACAUUUGUAACUACCUUUGUCAGGUAAAAAUAAUUCUGCUAUAUACAAGUCCUGUGCCAGAAUUCUUUGUUCUUGAUAGUGCUCCAGAAUUAGAAGAUGACGGUCCCUGUUUACACCGAGGGACCCACUGAAAACUGCUGGCACCAAUGCUUUUUAUUACUGUGUUCAUGUGUUCAUGUGAGUUGAGUUGUUAAAGCAUGUAUAUCUUUUUUACUUUUUUUUUCAAAUUAAAUUUGUAUAAAAGUUCAAAAAUCUUGCCUUAAAUUGUUUCUUUCUAGGAUUCAUGAAUUGUGGCAUUUAAAAAAAUUCACUUUGAUAACUCAGAUUUAAGAAGAAACACUGAAGCCCUGCUUUAUAAUACACAUUUACUUACAUGCUGUUUACUAGCAGUGCAAAUGUGGAUGUGCUUACUGGUGUCAUCUGUUAAGAACCAAAUGCUUUAAUUAUUAUAUCAGCAUAGUGAGUGAGAUGUAUAAUAUUUUUAUUAAUACUUGGAAUAUAUUCAGUGGAAUGAAUGUGACUUUAUAACUAUACCACAAUUAUAUUAAAAUUUUUCUGAAAUAAA